GUGCGCCAUUUUGAAACACCAUCCCGGAGAAGCCGAGAGUGGCUGUUGACCGCCCUAGUCCCCUCCCGAGCUCAACCUGAGCUCCUCCUUCCCUCUCCUCCUCCUUCACCGGCAAGCAGCGGGGACAACCCACAUUACCCAAACCGCCCCUACACCGGAGAUCCUAGAGCUUGAAGGGCCGUCCCACAGUAGACGCCUGGGGAGGCCGGGUCCCACAGGGCAGCCAUGGCAGGAGUGGGAGGAGGGAAUGACUUCCAGUGGUGUUUCUCGCAAGUCAAAGGUGCCAUAGACGAGGAUGUAGCGGAAGCUGACAUUAUUUCAACUGUUGAGUUCAACAACACUGGUGAUCUAUUAGCUACAGGAGACAAAGGCGGCAGAGUUGUUAUAUUUCAAAGGGAACAAGAGAAUAAAAGCCGCCCUCAUUCUAGGGGUGAAUAUAAUGUUUACAGUACAUUUCAAAGCCAUGAGCCUGAAUUUGACUACUUAAAAAGUUUAGAAAUUGAGGAAAAAAUUAACAAAAUUAGGUGGUUACAACAACAGAAUGCUGCUCAUUUCUUACUUUCUACCAACGACAAAACUAUAAAAUUAUGGAAAAUAAGUGAACGUGAUAAAAGGGCAGAAGGUUACAACUUGAAGGAUGAUGAUGGUAGACUUCGAGAUCCUUUUAGAAUCACAUCAUUGCGGGUGCCAAUUUUGAAACCUAUGGACCUAAUGGUUGAAGCAAGUCCACGAAGAAUAUUUGCUAAUGCACAUACAUAUCACAUAAACUCCAUUUCCGUAAAUAGUGAUCAUCAAACAUACCUCUCCGCAGAUGACCUGAGAAUUAAUUUAUGGCAUUUAGAAAUUACAGAUAGAAGUUUUAACAUUGUAGAUAUUAAGCCUGCUAACAUGGAAGAAUUGACUGAAGUUAUCACAGCUGCCGAAUUCCAUCCUCAUCAAUGUAAUGUGUUUGUGUACAGCAGUAGCAAAGGAACUAUUAGGCUCUGUGACAUGCGCGAUUCUGCGCUCUGUGAUAGGCAUUCAAAAUUUUUUGAAGAACCUGAAGAUCCGAGCAGUAGGUCAUUUUUCUCAGAAAUCAUCUCCUCAAUAUCUGAUGUCAAGUUCAGUCAUAGUGGUCGCUACAUGAUGACAAGAGACUACCUAUCUGUAAAAGUAUGGGAUCUCAAUAUGGAAAAUAGACCAGUAGAAACAUAUCAGGUUCACGAAUAUCUGAGAAGUAAACUUUGUUCCCUGUAUGAAAACGAUUGCAUCUUUGACAAGUUUGAGUGCUGUUGGAAUGGAUCAGACAGUGCAAUAAUGACUGGCUCCUACAACAACUUCUUCCGGAUGUUUGACAGAAACACUCGUCGUGAUAUUACAUUGGAAGCUUCAAGGGAGAGCAGCAAACCACGUGCCAUCUUAAAGCCACGAAAAGUCUGUACAGGUGGUAAGCGGAAGAAAGAUGAAAUCAACGUUGACAGCUUAGACUUCAACAAAAAAAUUCUACAUACAGCAUGGCAUCCUAAAGAGAACAUAAUUGCGGUUGCUGCUACCAAUAAUUUGUAUAUAUUCCAGGACAAAGUUAACUAAACAUGGCAUUUUUUGAGGACAAAGUCUUGUUCUUGCAUAGUUAAGCCUAGUUGUUUAUCUGUAAGAGAUAAGGUCAUGUUGUCCUCCCAAAUAAAGAACAUGGAUGAACUUUCUCUUUUGUAGUAAAGAGGAAAGCUAACAUGGAUUUCAUUUCAUGGUAGUGCUGUCUUCAUUACAGAGGAAGGGAGGGCACAAGGUUUACUUGCUAAAAUGAAAGCCCGCUAGAAGCAGAAGUGAUGGACAAACAACGCUCAUAAAAUGCCUGUGCUCAAUAUGUAACCUAACUCUGAGCCUUCCUUUCCAGUUCAUAGACCAAAAAUUGUCACCAGAGAGAAAAAAAAUAAAAUGUGAUUUCUCUUUCACAUCUUACUUUCUUCUGUACUCUUUGGGCCUUUAAGAACAAUCAUUGUGUUCUAUGCCUGAAACAUUCCUCUUCUGGCCUUUUAUUUAGGCUUAGGUGUUUUUUACGCUUGAGCACUUAGGUAGAACUUGAGUUUGGUCAGUAGACAAAUUUCCAUGUAUAUUAUUCACUGUAUCUAUAAUCACACCUUCCGGUGCAAACCACUUUAAUAAAAAUAACCAAGUAUACAACGUGUUUUUAAAUUUGAAGCCUAUGUAUUCAGCCUUUUAAUUUUUUUUUUAUUUUUUAUUUAUUUAUUUUGUUGUUGCAUGUAUUGAGAUUGAGUUAAAAAAAUAACAAAACGCAUUCAGAUGGAAUAUUCAAGUGGAACAACUCUAUCCUUCCUACUUUAAAACUGCCAUUAGAGUACAUUGAAUGCAAUUAUAUUCUAUCAAAAGAACAUAAUGGUUAUUGAGCUGGUUUUCGCCAUUUGUAAGCUGUUAUAUUUUCAGACAGGGAUUUUGCACAGUAUUAUGCAGAACUGUUUUAAAAUUUUACCUAGAUUCUUUUGGAUGAUUAUACCUAACGUGCAUUUUUUUUCUUUUCUUUUUUUGUAAACUUCUUCUAGACUUUUUUUUUUUUUUUCUUCAUGUCAGACCCAUCAUUGCACUUCAACCUGAAAUAUCUUUAAUAUGAGUAUGCCAAACAAUUAGUAUUUUAAGGGUUUUUAAUAAAAUCAUAUUGCAAAUGAACAAAUAGGUUUAACUAUAUGCAGCCGCUUGACACUGAAGGUCAUCCGUUUCCUACUGCUAAGUAGAAAUUACUUUAGUAACAGGAAGCAUAGACAAGUGCCAAGUGGAGAUAUAUUCAAGAAUUUUGUGCCUCCCUGGUAACAAGCAGAUGUGUUGACCUACACUCUGUUUUUAGAGAAUCAUUGGUCAAUUAUGAUUAUUUUGACAGUAAUAUGCAAGAACAAAAUAUGUACCUCAUCCCUAAUCUAAUAUCUGUAGAGUGCCACUUGUUCACAUUAGGCCUAGUGAAAGCAAAAUUGUUUCUACAGAAUGAAUUGAACUAAUUUAAAAAGACUAUACUGUAUAUUGGUUGUGACACUGUUUCCAGAUGCUGAGUUGUGGAACUUUUUGGCCAUAAAAAUUCUGAAUCUGACCACGUCCAUUAAAUAACAAAAAAAUAGACCUAAUAAAAUGGGAUUGUAUAUAUUUGUUCAAUUAUUUUGACCAAAAAGUUUAAUAAAUUUUAAAUGUUUACCUGAA